UCUACUUAUCGGUCGCCCUCGCGUUUCGACUUGUUUUCGCGUGUGACAGUGCGAGUGCAUAUGCCGGCAGCGGACCGCCACCGAUUUCAACCGGUUCGAGUGCAGCUGGGCGACCAGUCGCGACGACUGGGCAUACGGGAGUGCCAUCGACGCGAGUAGCACCCCGCUACGGGGUGGCUGGACACGCGACACAGAGGGUUCUCACACCUCCGCGUGAGCUUUCGCUUCGGGCGCGUUAGUGAGAUACAGAAAAAGAAAAGAGAGAGAGAGAGAGAGAGAGAAAAAAAGGAGCGGAAGUGUGAUCGAUUCGCAAAGUGACUAAGUCCGGAAGCGAGGCGCACACGGCGAAUGCCGCGGACUUCUGGAACGAUGAUCGCGUAGCGGUGCCCGACCAUCACGGCCCUGAGCGGCCGACACAUCAUGUCACAGUUCUCUUUCCGAGGAUCGCCAAAUCUACAGUGUCCUGUGACAGUGAACUCGUCGCUGGCGCCGUCCUCGGCCUCGCCUGCAACCGGUGUGAUCCUCAGCGCGGGCGGCUCGUCCCUGGUCAGCAGCGUAGCCGUCAGUACGACGACGAAUCAUCCUCUGGACGUAGCCGGUCUGUCGCAAGCGAGGAUGGCAGUGACGAGCGCGAUUGUGAGACCGCCUGGCAGUCCCACUACCUCGGUUAGCCCGUCCCAGGGUCAUCCGCCACCAUCGGCUGGGGGUCCUACUGCAGCCAGGUGUUGCGAUACCGGUCGGCCGAUCUUCACGGAUCCACUGACGGGCCAGACUGUCUGCUCCUGCCAGUAUGAAUUGCUGGGUGGCUAUCAGCGUCUAGGUGGUCUACCCACGGCCGCGCUGUCUAUGUACAGUGCGCCAUACGCGGCCGCCGCCGCGGCCGCGGCGUCCGAGGGUAUGGCUGCGUACUUUCCUAGCUUGGGCGCCGAGCAAGCACCCUUCUACACGCCCACGGCCGCCGGUCUAGAUCUUAAAGAAAAUUUGGGCGCUGGUGCUGCAGCAGCAUGGCCUUAUCCCUCGAUGUACCAUCCUUACGAUGCUGCUUUUGCGAAUUAUCCCUUCAAUGGUUAUGGCAUGGAUCUAAAUGGUGCGAGGCGAAAAAACGCGACACGGGAAACAACGAGCACGCUGAAAGCGUGGUUAAACGAGCACAAGAAAAAUCCAUAUCCCACGAAAGGCGAAAAGAUCAUGCUGGCUAUUAUUACCAAGAUGACACUGACACAAGUGUCGACGUGGUUUGCGAACGCACGGAGACGCUUGAAAAAAGAAAACAAAAUGACGUGGGAACCGAGAAAUCGUGUUGAAGACGAAGAUAAUAAUAACGAAGACGAUGAUAGCGGGAGGAAAAGCGUCGAUGAGAAAGAUCGGCUAGAUUCGAAAGACUCAGGUACAGGUUCCAGCGAGGACGGGGAACGACCAGCGCACCGUUUGGAUCUACUACAUGGCGGCAGUGGUGGAUCGGCGGGCGUCCAAGGUAGGACUGAAAGCGAGUGGAGCGAGUCGCGAGCGGACAGUGGCCCGGACAGUCCGGAAUGUCUGUAUGAUCAGAGGGAACCAAGGCAUCCGCUGCAACUGCAGCAUCCGGCGUAUCUUACCCAAAAUCACGGUCGGUUGUUACGUCAUCCCUCGCCGGAGAGCACGUCGCCAGGUAGUCAACAUCUUCCGCCAAGCACCAGCGCGCCGUCCACGGGUAGCGCGGUGACGACGAAGCCGCGGAUCUGGUCGCUGGCAGACAUGGCGAGCAAGGACGGCGACCAGCAGAGUACGAAUCCAGCCACGAUGACGGGUCUCACGUCACCUUACAGCGGAACGGGCGGAGGCGGGGGUGGGAUCGGCGGUGGAGGUGGCAGUGGUACUACAGGGAGCAAACUCGUAAGCCCUUUGGCUAGUCGACUACCACCUCAUCAUCCCCUCCAUCCGAUACAUCCGGGCACGCAAUUUGUAAGACCGCAUCCGGACUUCUAUAGAAACUUGUAUGGCGCGUCCCAUCUCGGCUCCGGUGAUAUAUCCCUGCUGGAGACGUAUUCGAGGACUCUUGGUGGACUUGGCGGCGUGAUACCACCAUCCACGGCCCCGAGCAUACUUACGUCCACGUCCUCGUCGAUCUCCGCCGCCGGUAAUGUGAAACCUUUUUCGAUCAACGGUGGUAGCGCCACGGUUGGCGGUACCACCGCCGGAUCGACAGUUUUACUGACUACCGCGUCCUCCGGUCUGUCGCCAUCAUCGUCGUCGACGGCGUCGUCGGGUGGAUCCGAUCAGUCGCCCCAUCCGGCGGGCGGCGGUCUUCCCGCGACUCAGGAACUCAAAUCUCCCGGACGAGUGUGACUCGACGAAGCGACCGAUCGCUAAAGAGACUACAAUUAUCGCGGGCGCGCGCUGUGCAUCGGCGGGCGUUUUGUGUGGUGUGGCUGACAAUAAUCAGAGACUACAAUCUUGUAAUUAGUGUACAGUAUAAAACGGGAGAUGAUGAGAUAUACUGCCCCAACCCGCUCUUCGUUCCUAGUCUUUUCGUUUUUUUUUCACAUUUCCAACGUCAUCGUCGAUGUUUCUUUUAUUUCUCAUUCCCUUCCCUUCUCUCCUCCGACUUUUUAUUCAAGGUUUAUUUUCCGUACUCAAUUACUCUCGAUAAAAAGGGAAAAACUCGUAGUACCGACUACCCAUAGUGAUUCUAUCGCGGUAUAACCGUACAACAUCUAGCGCGUCAACUCGACAGUACUAUUACACACAUAUAAAUAUUAUAAAUAUCUAAAGAUAUACGAUAAUAUAAUUAAUAUUAUUUAUGCGUUUGUAAAUAGUAGAGAAAGGCCCAGUAGAGAAAUCGUCCGGCCAGUGUAUGUAUUGUAUGUAGAGUAGACACUAUAUUACUAGCCUACCUGAGAUCAUAAUUCAUAUUAAUGACGAUUAUUAUUAUUAUGAUUAUUAUGAUUAUUAUUAUGAUUGUUAUUGCAAUGUUUAUAAUAUUAUCGAUUCACAUCGACUCGGUCGAGCAUGACGAGGUAUGGGUCGUUAAUCGCGGCGACAGAUUGCGAGGGAUCGCUGGAGUGUAUAGAGAUUUUUGGAGGUCAGUCCUUGGUUCCUCUUCUUGUAAGUAUCUCCUCUCUUAUUUAUUUUGCUAAAAAUUAUUGGCUCGUGAUAAUUUUUCGCAAGAACGCGGAUAAAGGCUGCCAAAUCGCGAAUCGAUGCGCAAGUAUACGUCACUCGCAAUCUGCUGCGAAAACACAAUUUCCGUCGCGUCCCGUCGUCGUUGCGUAGAAAAGGAACGUUCUAAGUUACACGAAGGUGAAGCCACGGGCACAACGGCUGUCAACAUAUCAUGUCAUGUCGAGAGUGAACGAUCGCCAUCACCUUUUAGUCAUUCGUGUCCAAAAUUUCACGCGAACUCGCUGAUGCCACACUGACAUGUGACAUCAACGCAGACUGUGUCCUUUCGCAAUAAACGAAUCAUUA